AUUUUAAGCAUAAAAUUAUUGUUUAUUUAUGUGAAAGAAUCAAUGAAAUUCCUCUACCUAUUUAAAAUUCAUGUUAUAAGUGAAAUCAGUUAUUAACUAUUUGCUGUUGCCAAGUAAGAUCGUGUUAAUGAUGAAACUUGGCACUUUGGAAAUUUUAGAAAAAUGCAAGAUUCGGUGAUUAGCGAAGCUCUUGCAUGUUUUAAUAACUUUGUUAUGUACACAUUUCCGGUCGGAUUAAAACGGGCAUACCCGGCUAGUAUGGAGGAGUGCAAGAAAAGACAUUCCGGCACUAAAGUUUCGAAGAUUGCGAAUAUAUUUCAAGGGAUGCCGUCAAAAGAGGAAGACGAAGUUCGCGGCAGCGACGUUACAGGCGUCCGGACCGAAAGUCAUUUGGCAAGGUUCAACAACGCACGUGCACUUUUUGAAAAAUUGGGUGAAGAAAAUCGUGGAUUUCGUAUUGAGAAAUCACCUUCAGCGGCUGCUAGUUUUGCAGGGACCCGUGGAGUAACUCCACCAGCGCGGUCUCGCUCCAGUUCGGCGGGCUCUGUCAGUCCGCCUAGACGAAUUGUGACACCAACGCCGAUGCCGACACCUGCUGUUAAUGGUGACCGUCUGGCAAAUGGUGCAAAUGCACCACCGCCAAAACCUGUGAAGCCGAGUGUUUUACCCAAACCUGAAAAGCCAGAUAGAAGGUUUAACAAAGAGCUCAUAGAAAAACAGAGAAAUUGGACUGCACACUUUAACAAAUCUCGCCAAUCUCGAAAUGAUGAACCUAAAGCGGACUCUAAUAAAUACUGCAGUAGUUAUCAAGACAGAAAGUCACCGGACGCUCAUGAAAGAUAUGUAGUUCCUUCGCGUGUUUAUUCUCCACCACUUUCGCCUUGCGCCGGUGAUACCCAAUUAGAACGUCCUACUACUCUUCCUUCUUCGUUAUUAAAUCGAGUCACAUCUACAACAAAAACUCCGAGCCCUAUAAAAAUAGUUACACCCGUGUCUCCAAGAGCUAAUAAUUCAGUGUCACCAAUACCGAGGCCCGAAUCGUCAGUUUCUCCGCCAACACGAAGGGAACAUGUAAAGUCACCAAGUAAAAACAAAUCUGAUUUGGCAUCUCAACUUAAUACCUCCAGUGAAAAGAGUUCUCCUAGUGUUAGAUCAUCGUUUUCCCCUCCAAGUGACGAUGAAAGAAGUGAAAAUAAGGAAAAUAACGAUUUUCCAUUACAUAAAUCAAGUGAACAAACACUGUAUAGUGAACAAAUACAGUAUAUAGAACGAGUUUCCCCUACGCCACCAGUUUCGGUUCCGCGAAAACAAAAAUCACCAUCACCUUCGGCAAGGUCGCCAAAAUCUCCAGUUUCGCCACUAUACUAUGAAAAAGAUAGUUUACCUUCAGCUGGACGUGAAUCUUCUGAGUCACCAGUGGCCCUAAAUCCGAUUGAAACUCCAUCGUCCGAUCAUGUCGUGGAUGUAGCUCCCACUGAUGGAAAUUCGCCUAGUGCUACAUCUCAUGAUUCACCUGUCCUGUUGUCCAACUCUGACGACAACAACACAAAAAAUAUUAGUGAACGUAUAUCUCCAACACCUGUCAGUCCAGUAACUUUGGACAAUGGUUCAAGAUCAUCGAAAAUAUUGGAUGAAGAUGUGUAUGAGUCUGUAGAUUAUGGAGGAGAAUGGGAAGAAAAAACCAGACGCCGUUCUUCAACGCCUGAAUCUCCUACGUGUCCUGUGAAAGUUGAUGAUGCACCACACUCUCCACUGGUGUCACCGCUAGCGUCUCCGGUACACCGUAUUGCGGAGUCCUCGCCUCCUUCUCUUCAAGCUUCACCCUCGCCUGCGGGCGGAGGUCGCAAGUCGUCCGAGGCGGAAGAAAUACCGCGACGGAGUGGAUCUCGGGCGUCCAGCGUGUCGGACGAGGGAGGGUUCAACGAGCCCUCGCCCGAGGUGGUGGCGCGGUUACGACCUGCAGACUACCGAGAGCCGCCUCCACCUGCACCCCCUCUCACAAGAGACAUACGGGACGCAGAGCGCGCGCGAUCAGAUCCUGACACACUCUCCGUACUCCAGCAGGACUCCGGCGUGGUAGUGAGUGAAGCGAGCCAAGGCUCCAUAGAGGUGCUCGACAAGUCGACCACCAGCCAAUGGAGCGUGUCGGAGGGCGAGAACGCGUCCGGGGAGAGCGGGCGCGGGGGAGACACGGCCGACGCUCGGUGGGACGACGCCGACGGAGACUCCAAGCAACCCGACAGCAUGACUCCCGACGAGGCCGAGAUACUGCUCAGCUCGAGUAUUCUGGAGAAAAAACUUAGACAAGAAGCCUUGCUGUCGGACGAGCAGGCGCAGGAGAUCGUCGCCAUGUUGUCGCCGCACGCGCUGCCCCACGACAACGGCGUCUCCCUCAACGACAGCUACCAGUCUGUGCUCUCGUACGAGAGCAUGCAGUCAGUGGACGAGAGCUACGAGUUUGUGUCGUUGGAGGCGGACUCGGGUCUGGCGGGCGGCGACCGGCGCGCGGCGGCCGAGCCGGCCGACGGCGCCGACGCCGCGCCCGCCACUGUCUUCGACCACUACCCGCCGCACCAACUGCGCGAGCUCGGGGAGGAGAACGGCAUACACUACUUCGAAGAUGGACACUUCUAUACUGAGGUUGCCGGACUUCCGCCUAUUGAGGAAGAUGAAGACGAAGAUUAUUACCCACCAGUAUUUGUCAAGAAAAAUACCAAAGUUAAAUUCAGUACGAAUCCAAUGCGCGUGUUUUCGACGCACUCGGUGCGCGAGUACGACAGACGCAACGAGGACGUUGACCCCGUGGCCGCCAGCGCGGAGUACGAGCUGGAGAAACGGGUCGAGAAGAUGCACGUCUUCCCUGUAGACCUCGUCAAGGGGGCGGAUGGGCUUGGGCUCUCCAUUAUCGGUAUGGGUGUUGGUGCGGACGCUGGGUUGGAGAAGUUAGGAAUAUUCGUUAAGACUAUAACCGAGAGUGGCGCCGCCGCACGAGACGGACGCAUACAAGUCAACGACCAAAUUAUUGAAGUCGAUGGCAAGAGCUUGGUGGGUGUGACACAAGCAUAUGCCGCGUCUGUACUGAGAAACACGUCAGGGCCUGUGAAGUUCCUCAUUGGACGUGAGAAGGACCCUGAAAACAGUGAAGUAGCACAUCUCAUUAGACAGUCACUUGCAGCAGACAAGGAGAGGGAGGAAAGAGCCAACCGCGAACGUCAGCGUCGCCAGCAGGCCGAGGAAGAGGACUCCAACCAGGCAGCGCCUGUAGAGACGUCCGCUGCACAAACUAGACACCCAGAAAUUAAUGAACUCAGGGCUUUCUUACAAGAGUUGGUGGGCAUGGAGUCCGGCGGCGGUAGUCCGGAGGAGAUUAGCGCGCGGCUACGGGACUGGUGUCAGGCGCGGGCGCCGGACGACCAUCUACGACGCGCGCUCUCUACUGCCGCCGACAACGCGCACCGGGCUCAGCGGAAAUACGAUAAGGCCCGGCGCGCGCUGCGCGAGUGGCGGCGCACGCGCGCGCUGGUGCGGGCGCGCGAGGAGUGGUGGAGCGGCGCGCUGCGGGACGCGCACCGCGAGUACGGCGCCGCGCUCUCCGCGCUGCACGACCGCGUCGCGCGCCUCGAGGUGCUGCUACUGGAGACUCAGAAAAAGGCUGGUCUCCCGGUGAUGUUGCCGCACGAACCCUCGGCUCGUCGCGAAACACCGCCCCUGCCUCGCCGACCUGAUCCAGAUCCGCUUUUGAUCAACAAUCCAUGGAGUUCUGACAGUGAUCUCUCCGAUCUAUCGCCUGUUGAGGACGAAUACGCUAAAGUGGACAAGUCGAGGCGAUGUGAAGCGCCCGACAUAGGAGACGUUACUGAGUCUGCUGUGGAAGAGGCUAAACCAGUAACAACCUCGCCUCACGUGACGCAGGCUCCGCCUCACGUGAUACAAGCCCCGCCCCACGUGUCGCAGACCCCGCCCCACGUGACGCAAGCUCCUGCUCCGUCAGCCGUCACUACGUCGCAUGCUGUUUAUGCAACCGUCGGACCUCACACCAUGCAUUCUUCGGCAACACCGACUAAUCAUCAAGAUACUCAGUCGACAUCGUCAGUGUUGGGCGGGGGUUCAGUGAGCAGUGUGGGUGUUUCGAGUGGGCAGGUGGGGCUGAGUCAGUCGUCGCUGGGUGCGUCCCGCGAACUGGACGCCGCCGUGCCGCGCGGCGCGCUACUCGACAACUCGGCGCACCGCGCGCGCACCGACCUCGCGCGACAUCGCCACGCCGCGCACUCGCCGCAUUCUCCCCACUCACUCAGCAACGCCAGCUCGUACGAUGGGCUCGACGACUCGUAUAACGACUCCGCGGACGAGUCGCUUAGCGAGUCUACAUCAGGUGGACCCCCUCACAUUGGCCAGCAUCGCGACACCCGUCAGAGUUGUGGCAGUUCCGUGGGUAGCGCGACUGAUGAUGCCGUGUACUCCAGAGACCACAGGCAUCAUCCUCUCACUGGUGCGAGUGCGUCGCUGGCCGAGCAGCUGAAGCAGGUGCUGGCGGAGCGCGAGCGGCGCCUUGGGGCCGGGCCCGGGGGCGGGGCUGGGGGCGGGGUCGCCGCUGUCGCAGGCAUCGCGCCCGUGCCCGACGCCGUGCAGCUGACCAAUGAGCUGGUGGACGAAAUCCGCCAGGCCGUCAGCGAGGCCAACGCCCGAGUAAAGAAAGCUCCGGCGUGUGUAGUCGGCGGCGAGGUGCCGUGGCAACCGCUGUCCAGCGCCGUGUCCGAGGCCAGCCUCACGCCGCCGCCGCAGGCGCAGGCGCAUCCCGUCAACCACUGGACCAAGCAACAGGUGUGGCAGUGGGUGUCGGGGCUUGGCGAGGGGUUGGAGCGUCACGCGGGGGCCUUCGCGGCGCGCGGAGUGGACGGGGCGCUGCUACUGGCGCUCAGCUCCGCCGACCUGAAGCUGCUGGGGCUGGGCGGAGACGACCGCCGCCGUAUGAAGCGACGCCUCAAGGACCUACGAUCCGCGCACGAGAAGCACCUCAAGGCCCUCAAGAAGGCCGAGAAGAAAGCCAAGAAGAAGUAAAUCUAUCACACGGCUCUGACAUGCCAUCACCAAAGAAUGAGUCAGUUCACAUGAACUUCUACUACCUUUUUAGUGUUGUGCGAAACAAUGCGUAUAAUAUAUUACGUUACGCGUCAUUUAAUAUGACGGAGAUAAGAAAUAUUUGCACAUUCAAAUUAUACGUUUUUCGUGACCAUGUAUUUCCUAUCUAUUUUGAAUAUUUUACGCUUCAUGUGAACUGUCUCCUGUGUUUUUCAACUAUGUUUAUUUUUCUGUGGCAAUUAUUUAUGGCAACUAUAAGAAUGAAAUAUAAUAUCUAUAAAAUGUUGACCUAAUUUUUGUAUAAAUUAUCUAGAAUUUCCGACUCGUGUUCAACUUUCCUUUCUUGCCUUUUCUUUGUGUUUGAAAGUUCGAAAGCGUGUAGUUACAUUCUAAGAUAUUAUUAACAAGUAGGUAUUGAUAUGAGAGAUGUUCAUGUGACUGAAGCUCGCGAUGGUAUUGGUGGUGGGUAUAAAGCUGUGUCUGAUAGCAUACAGAGUGCCAUCUGACCCAUAGCUUAGAGACUAGUGACGUUAGUGCUGCUUCAAACGAAGAAACGAAUAUUAUUAAUCGAAAAUUAGACCUAAGUGAAUGUGGGACAGGACAAGUAGAACUCAUUUAUCUAGACUGUCUAUUGUAAUCUAUUUCCAUACUAUAUUCGACAGACAUUUUGUUGGUUUCUUCAUCGUUCCUACAUUUUGUAUUAAUUGUGUCAGUUUUUUCUGGAAGUUCGAGAUCAUGCUGUGGACUGUAGGAAAAAAAAUACUGGCUCAAUCUAGUCAAUAAGAUGAAUUAGAUGUUCUAAAGUCAUGAAUUAUAACAAUUUUUCUUAGAAAUUUUCAAGUAUUUAAGAUUAGGAAAUAACUUUCUCGUAUGUAAUUAUCACCAAUUAUAAUAAUGAGAUUGUAAUGCAGUAAUUUAUUUACGUUCGUGGCCAAUGCAAUGCAAACUGAUUUUGAUAAUCCUUGGCAUUUAUUUAUAAUUAUGAAUGAUAUUGCACAAAAUGUACUUAGUGAUACGGUGACUGAUUAUAUUCUAUUACGUCGCCAGCGUUUAGUAUAUUUUAAAUUGUAUAGUGAAGUAACAUUCAUGAAACAUAUUGUGAUCUCAUGUCAUGUAAGAGUACCAGAUUAUCUUCCCAGCCCAUGUCAUAGUAUUUAUUCGAAACAGUUACUAUCUUGUGAACUCUUAUGAAAUGCAAUCUUCACGAUUUAUUAUACAUUCCAGUAAAUUACUAUUUCUACCUAUAUUCAUAGUUGUUUCUGUGUGAAGUUUUGAUCGUUUAGAUGAGCUUUAUAGUUUUUCUUAGGCGACAUACAUUAUGGUUUAUCUAAUCUAACAAGUAAGCGUUACUGUCUGUGUAUUCAUGUGCGUCAUUUGGUUCCAUACCCCAUCAUGUAAUCAUGUAAAUAUAGUUUCGAGUAGAUAAUGUGGAGACCACCAGAGUGAGCUUGAAAUCAUACUGUGUGACUGGAUGUACGUUACGCAUUUAGAAUAUUUAUUUCAUUUAAGAUUUAAUAAUAAGUAGAGUCCAUUGCCAAAAUUGAUCAGUACUUUUGUUUAAUGUUGUUGUUUUUUUAAUUUACAGUUUCUUUAAUUAUUUUAAUAUAAUAUUUAUUUCGGGACCAAAUUAA